AUGGCUCAGUUCGAUUUCAGCACCCCCCAGGCCAUCGGCAAGUUCAACGGCUUCCUGUCCGACAAGUCGUACGCGAAGGGCUACCUGCCCACCAGCGAUGACGCUAAGCUGUUCGCCGAGGUGACCCAGCACAACCCGUCGGGUCCGGAGAAGAAGUUCGCCCACGUCUACCGUUGGUACCAGCACAUCAAGACCUUCAGCGAUGAGGAGCGCUCCAGCUGGCCCGCUGAGGUCGUGCUCGCCGAGCAGCAGACCGCUGCCGCCCCCGCCCCCGCUGCCGCCAAGGCCGAGGAGAAGAAGGAGGAGAAGAAGGAGGAGGAUGUCGAUUUCGACGAUGAUGAUCUCUUCGGCGGUGUGAGCGAGGAGGAGCUCGCUGCUGAGAAGCAGAAGCGCGAGGCCGACAAGAAGAAGCACAAGAAGGCCGAGGAGAUCCAGAGGUCCAACAUCAUUCUCGAUGUCAAGCCCUGGGAAGACACCACCGACCUCAACAAGCUCGAGGAGCUCGUCAGGGGCAUCACCAUGGAGGGCCUCACCUGGGGUCCCUCGAAGCAGGUCGAGGUCGCCUACGGUAUCAAGAAGCUCCAGAUCUCCUGCGUCGUCGUCGAUGACCUCGUCUACACUGAGGACCUCGAGGAGCAGAUCCAGGCCUUCGACGAGUACGUGCAGUCCAUCGACAUUGCCGCCUUCACCAAGGUGUAA